GAGUCGAAGUAAGAAGAAGAGGAAGAAAAAAAAACAUUUUAUUUUGACAACAGAAUAUUCUUUUCUGAGGUUGCAAAGCAAUAAAAAAUUUUGUAGAAAUUUCUAUCAGAAAACAAGCAUCAUAAAGGUACUAUUGCAGCAAGAAAAAAUUCUUAAAACCACAUUACAAACUUACAGUUAUAACAGGAUUUAAUUGAGAGAAAAUGGAUGCCGCUCGUAAAUCAUAUGAAAUUCAGACACAAGUGCGAAACAAUGCUGAGGAACAUAGAAAUUCCAUAAAUGAUUUACUUUCAUGGGAAAAGGAAAUCAAGGAGAAGGAAAAACAAAUGCUAGCACAGGCAACAGGUGAAGAGGAAAGCUCAACGGAUGGAAGGGCUCUCAAAACCCUGCCAAUACGCAGCCAUACAGUUAGAGACCAUUUACACUCAUCACCCUCACCAGCAGUAAAUACGCGCCAAACUGUAGUGGAUGUCUUAUCCGCAGAAAAACGUGAGAUUCCGUUAAAACUUAAGGAAGCCAAUGAAAUUAAAGAUAAAGGCAACAAGCAUGUCAAAUUAGGCGAAUAUCAAUUGGCUAUUGAAGCUUAUACAAAAGCCAUUAACUUGUAUCCGAUGGAUGCGAUUUUCUUUACUAAUCGUGCUUUGUGCUAUUUAAAAUUGGAAAGAUACGAUGAAUGUAUAGAAGAUUGUGAUCAUGCCAUAGGAUUAGAUAAUUUGGCUGUGAAAGCCUACUACAGACGUAUGUCAGCCCAUGAAUCAUUAGGCAAUAAUAUGGACGCUCUUAAGGACUGCACUAGUCUCCUAACAAUUGAUCCUAAAAAUGGAGAAGCUAAACGCAGUCUAGAACGUAUUAAUGAACGCUUGCGUAAAACUGUGAAAACUUCGAAUGGACCCAACUUUAGUCCAUUGCUCUCAAAUGUCAUUGAUAUACUGCCUGUAGACAAGCCUUCCUAUAGACGAUCAAGCAAAUCUUUAAAACGCAUAGAGAUAACUGAUGUAGUAGGACCGAAGGAUAGCAAAAAUUAUGAAAAUUUAAAAAUCUCUGAUGAAGAUAUCGAUAAGCUGUUCAAUAGCAAUUGCGGAGCAUUUGAAGAGAUUAAAAAGACCUCUUAUACUAUAGAUACAUCUCAUAAAGCUGCUGAUAUUCAAGAUACUAAACAAAUCCAGCAAGUUAAACAAGAGUUUAAACAACAGAAGUCAAAAUUGAAUCAAACGUCAAAACCAAAAAAAGAAAUGGAAAAAUUAACUAAAGAGAAGAAAGGAAAGAACAGGGAAAACGAACAACUCGAUCAAACGUCUAAUGAAACAGAAAUUGAGAGAAAAGAAAAGCGUCCUUUACCGCCCGUACCUACAACUACCGCUCAGUUUUAUUGUCACUGGAAAGAAUUAACAGACAGUCAAAAAUAUCCCUUUUUAAAGUCCAUACCGUUAAAACAAUUAACUAAGAUUUUGGGUGCAGGAUUCGACUCUGAAAUCUUAAAUGAGGUCAUUCGUACACUUCACGACUAUUAUUUGCCGCAAAAGGACCCGUUGACAGCACUUACUCUUUUGGAAAUCAGCAAAAACAAGCAAACAUCAAUAUUAUCCUUACUAAUGUCGAACGAUGAACGUAAAGCUUUAAUCGAAAUCAUUGAUUCGCUCAAGGAAAUUAAGGGCGUAGAUCUAACUGCUAUUCAACAGAUUAAUAAAAACUUUAAUUUAAAUUAA